AUGGUCGUGGACGUGGACGUGGACGUGGACGUGGACUUGGACGUGGACGUGGACGUGGACGUGGACGUGGACGUGGACGUGGACUUGGACGUGGACGUGGACGUGGACGUGGACGUGGACGUGGACGUGGUCGUGGAGGUGGACGUGGAGGUGGACGUGGACGUGGACGUGGACGUGGACGUGGACGUGGACGUGGUCGUGGACGUGGACGUGGACGUGGACGUGGACGUGGACGUGGACGUGGACGUGGACGUGAACGUGGACGUGAACGUGGACGUGGACGUGGACGUGGACGUGGACGUAGUCGUGGACGUAGUCGUGGACGUGGACGUGGACGUGGACGUGGACCUGGACAUGGACCUGGACAUGGACGUGGACGUGGACGUGAACGUGGACGUGGACGUGAACGUGGACGUGGACCUGGACGUGGACGUGGACGUGGACGUGGACGUGGACGUGGUCGUGGACGUGGACGUGGACGUGGACGUGGACUUGGACAUGGACGUGGACGUGGACGUGGACGUGGACGUGGACGUGGACGUGGACGUGGACGUGGUCGUGGACGUGGACGUGGACCUGGACGUGGACGUGGACAUGGACAUGGACGUGGACGUGGACAUGGACGUGAACGUGAACGUGGACGUGGACAUGGACGUGGACGUGGACGUGGACGUGGACGUGGUCGUGGAUUUGGACAUGGUCGUGGACGUGGUCGUGGACGUGGACAUGGUCGUGGACAUGGACGUGGACGUGGACGUGGACGUGGACGUGGACGUGGACAUGGACGUGGACGUGGACGUGGACGUGGACAUGGACCUGGACGUGGACGUGGACAUGGACAUGGACGUGGACGUGGACGUGGACGUGGACGUGAACGUGGACGUGGACGUGGUCGUGGACGUGGACGUGGACGUGGACGUGGUCGUGGACGUGGACGUGGACUUGGACGUGGUCGUGGACGUGGUCAUGGACGUGGACAUGGUCGUGGACGUGGACGUGGACGUGGACGUGGACAUGGUCGUGGACGUGGACGUGGACGUGGACGUGGACAUGGUCGUGGACGUGGACGUGGACGUGGUCGUGGACGUGGACGUGGACGUGGACGUGGACAUGGACGUGGACGUGGACGUGGACAUGGACAUGGACGUGGUCGUGGACGUGGACGUGGACGUGGACGUGAACGUGGACGUGGACGUGGACGUGGUCGUGGACGUGGACGUGGACGUGGACGUGGUCGUGGACGUGGACGUGGACAUGGACGUGGACGUGGACAUGAACGUGGACGUGGACGUGGACGUGGACAUGGACGUGGACGUGGACAUGGACGUGGACGUGGACGAGAACGUGGACGUGGACAUGGACGUGGACGUGGACGUGGACGUGGUCGUGGACGUGGUCGUGGACGUGGACGUGGACGUGGACGUGGUCGUGGACGUGGACGUGGACGUGGACGUGGACGUGGUCGUGGACGUGGACGUGGACGUGGACUUGGACUUGGUCGUGGACGUGGUCGUGGACAUGGUCGUGGACGUGGACGUGGACGUGGACGUGGACUUGGACGUGGACGUGGACGUGGACGUGGACGUGGUCGUGGACGUGGACGUGGACGUGGACGUGAACGUGGACCUGGACGUGGACGUGGACGUGGACGUAGACGUGGACGUGGACAUGGACGUGGACGUGGACGUGGACGUGGACAUGGUCGUGGACGUGGACAUGGACGUGGACGUGGACGUGGACGUGGACGUGGACGAGGACGUGGACGUGGACGUGGACGUGGACGUGAACGUGGACGUGGAGGUGGACGUGGAGGUGGACGUGGACAUGGUCGUGGACGUGGACGUGGACGUGGACGUGGACGUGGACGUGGACGUGGAGGUGGACGUGGUCGUGGACGUGGAGGUGGUCGUGGACGUGGACGUGGACGUGAACGUGGACGUGGACGUGGACGUGGACGUGGACCUGGACGUGGACGUGGACGUGGUCGUGAACGUGGUCGUGGACGUGGUCGUGAACGUGGUCGUGGACGUGGACGUGGUCGUGGACGUGGACGUGGACGUGGUCGUGGACGUGGACGUGGACGUGGACGUGGACGUGGACGUGGACGUGGUCGUGGACGUGGACGUGGACGUGGACGUGGACGUGGACGUGGAGGUGGACGUGGACGUGGACGUGGACGUGGACGUGGACGUGGUCGUGGACGUGGACGUGGACGUGGACGUGGACGUGAACGUGGACCUGGACGUGGACGUGGACGUGGACGUAGACGUGGACGUGGACAUGGACGUGGACGUGGACGUGGACGUGGACAUGGUCGUGGACGUGGACAUGGACGUGGACGUGGACGUGGACGUGGACGUGGACGAGGACGUGGACGUGGACCUGGACGUGGACGUGGACGUGGACGUGGACGUGGAGGUGGACGUGGAGGUGGACGUGGACAUGGUCGUGGACGUGGACGUGGACGUGGACGUGGACGUGGACGUGGAGGUGGACGUGGUCGUGGACGUGGAGGUGGUCGUGGACGUGGACGUGGACGUGAACGUGGACGUGGACGUGGACGUGGACGUGGACGUGGACCUGGACGUGGACGUGGACGUGGUCGUGAACGUGGUCGUGGACGUGGUCGUGAACGUGGUCGUGGACGUGGACGUGGUCGUGGACGUGGACGUGGACGUGGUCGUGGACGUGGACGUGGACGUGGACGUGGACGUGGACGUGGUCGUGGACGUGGACGUGGACGUGGACGUGGACGUGGAGGUGGACGUGGACGUGGACGUGGACGUGGACGUGGACGUGGACGUGGACGUGGAGGUGGACGUGAAGGUGGACGUAGAGGUGGAGGUGGACGUGGACGUGGACGUGGUCGUGGACGUGGUCGUGGACGUGGACGUGGACGUGGACGUGGACGUGGAGGUGGACGUGGACGUGGAGGUGGACGUGGACGUGGACGUGGACUUGGACGUGGACCUGGACGUGGACGUGGACGUGGAGGUGGACGUGGAGGUGGACGUGGACGUGGACGUGGAGGUGGACGUGGACGUGGACGUGGACGUGGACGUGGACUUGGACGUGGACUUGGACGUGGACGUGGACGUGGACGUGGACGUGGACGUGGUCGUGGACGUGGUCGUGGAGGUGGACGUGGACGUGGACGUGGACGUGGACGUGGACGUGGACGUGGUCGUGGACGUGGAGGUGGUCGUGGACGUGGACGUGGACGUGAACGUGGACGUGGACGUGGACGUGGACGUGGACGUGGACCUGGACGUGGACGUGGACGUGGUCGUGAACGUGGUCGUGGACGUGGUCGUGAACGUGGUCGUGAACGUGGACGUGGACAUAGACGUGGACGUGGACGUGGACCUGGACGUGGACGUGGACGUGGAGGUGGACGUGGAGGUGGACGUGGAGGUGGACGUGGAGGUGGACGUGGACGUGGACGUGGACGUGGACGUGGACGUGGAGGUGGACGUGGAGGUGGACGUGGAGGUGGAGGUGGACGUGGACGUGGACGUGGACGUGGUCGUGGACGUGGACGUGGUCGUGGACGUGGUCGUGGACGUGGACGUGGACGUGGACGUGGAGGUGGACGUGGACGUGGAGGUGGACGUAGACGUGGACUUGGACGUGGAGGUGGACGUGGAGGUGGACGUGGAGGUGGACGUAGACGUGGUCGUGGACGUGGACGUGGACGUGGACGUGGUCGUGGACGUGGUCGUGGACGUGGACGUGGACGUGGACGUGGACGUGGACUUGGAGGUGGACGUGGACGUGGACGUGGACGUGGACGUGGACAUGAACGUGGACGUGGACGUGGACGUGGACGUGGAGGUGGACGUGGACGUGGACGUGGACGUGGUCGUGGACGUGGACGUGGACGUGGACGUGGUCGUCGACGUGGACGUGGACGUGGACGUGGACGUCGACGUGGACGUGGACGUGGACGUGAACAUGGACGUGGUCGUGGACGUGGACGUGGACGUGGACGUGGACGUGGAGGUGGACGUGGACGAGGACGUGGACGUGGACGUGGACGUGGACGUGGAGGUGGACGUGGACGUGGAGGACGUGGACGUGGACCUGGACGUGGAGGACGAGGACGUGGACGUGGACGUGGACGUGGACGUGAACGUGGUUGUGGACGUGGACGUGGAGGACGUGGACGUGGACGUGGACGUGGAGGACGUGGACGUGGACAUGAACGUGGACAUGGACGUGGACGUGGACGUGGACGUGGACGUGGACGUGGACGUGGUCGUGGACGUGGACGUGGUCGUGGUCGUGGACGUGAACGUGGACGUGGACGUGGACGUGGACGUGGACCUGGACGUGGACGUGGACCUGGACGUGGACGUGGACGUGGACGUGGACGUGGACCUGGACGUGGACGUGGACGUGGACCUGGACGUGGACGUGGACGUUGACGUGGACGUGGACGUGGACGUGGACUUGGACGUGGACGUGGACGUGGACUUGGACGUGGACGUGGACGUGGACGUGGACUUGGACGUGGACGUGGACGUGGACGUGGACGUGGACGUGGACGUGGACGACGUGGUCCUGGACGUGGACGUGGACGUGGACGUGGACGUGGACGUGGACGUGGACGUGGUCGUGGACGUCGACGUGGACGUGGACGUGGUCGUGGACGUGGAGGUGGACGUGGAGGUGGACGUGGACGUGGACGUGGACGUGAACAUGGACGUGGACGUGGAGGUGGACGUGGACGUACAUGUGGACGUGGACGUGGACGUGGACGUACACGUGGACGUACACGUGGACGUGGACGUGGACGUGGACGUGGACGUGGACAUGGUUGUGGACGUGGACGUGGAGGACGUGGACGUGGACGUGGACGUGGACAUGGACCUGGACGUGGACGUGGACGUGGACGUGGACAUGGACGUGGACGUGGACGCGUGGACGUGGACAUGGACGUGGACGUGGACGUGGACGUGGUCGUGGACGUGGACGUGGACGUGGUUGUGGACGUGGACGUGGACGUGGACGCGUGGACGUGGACGUGGACGUGGACGUGGACGCGUGGACGUGGUCGUGGACGUGGACGUGGACAUGGACAUUGACGUUGACGUGCACGUGGACGUGGACGUGGACGUGGACGUGGCCGUGGACGUGGACGUGGACGUGGACGUGGACGUGGACGUCGACGUGGACAUGGUCGUGGACGUGGACGUGGACGUGGACGUGGACGUGGACGUGGACGUGGACAUGGUCGUGGACGUGGACGUGGACGUGGACGUGGACGUGGUCGUGGACGUGGACGUGGUCGUGGACGUGGACGUGGACGUGGACGUGGACGUGGACGUUGGCGUGGACGUGGACGUGGACGUGGACGUGGACGUGGACGUGGACGUGGGCGUGGACGUGGACGUGGACGUGGACAUGGACGUGGUCGUCGACGUGGUCGUGAACGUGGACGUGGACGUAGACGUGGACGUGGACAUGGUCGUGGACGUGGAUGUGGAGGUGGACAUGGUCGUGGACGUGGACGUGGAGGACUUGGACGUGGAGAUGGACGUGGACGUGGACGUGGACGUGGACGUGGACGUGGACUUGGACGUGGACGUGGACGUGGACGUGGACGUGGACGUGGACGUGGUCGUGGAGGUGGACGUGGACGUGGACGUGGACGUGGACGUGGACUUGGACGUGGACGUGGACGUGGACGUGGACUUGGACGUGGACGUGGUCGUGGACGUGGACGUGGACGUGGACGUGGACGUGGACGUGGACGUGGACGUGGUCGUGGACGUGGACGUGGACGUGGACGUGGAGAUGGACGUGGACUUGGACGUGGACCUGGACGUGGACGUGGACGUGGACCUGGUCGUGGACGUGGACGUGGACCUGGUCGUGGACGUGGACGUGGACGUGGACGUGGACGUGGACGUGGUCGUGGACGAAGACGUGGACGUGGACGUGGACGUGGACGUGGUCGUGGACAAAGACGUGGACCUGGACGUGGUCGUGGACAUGGACGUGGACAUGGACGUGGACGUGGUCGUGGACGAAGACGUCGACGUGGACGUGGACGUGGACGUGGACGUGGACAUGAACGUGGAUAUGAACGUGGACGUGGACGUGACCGUGAACGUGGACAUGGACGUAGACGUGGACAUGGUCGUGGACGUGGACAUGGACGUCGACGUGGAUGUGGAGAUGGACGUGGACGUGGACAUGGUCGUGGACGUGGACGUGGACGUGGACGUGGACAUGGACGUGGACAUGGACAUGGACGUGGACGUGGACGUGGACGUGGACGUGGACGUGGACAUGGUCGUGGACGUGGUCGUGGACGUGGACAUGGACGUGGACGUGGUCGUGGACGUGGACGUGGACGUGGACGUGGUCGUGGACGUGGACGUGGACGUGGACGUGGACGUGGACUUGGACGUGGACGUGGACGUGGACGUGGACGUGGACGUGACGUGGACUUGA